GCUAGGGUGACGGCGGCCAUUUUGUGUGUGGAGACCGGGCGAGGAAGACAAUCUUGUCUCUAUCGCUGAACAGUUUUCGGUUUUCUUCAGCCCGUCUGACGGAGGCGAAACCAAGUCCAGCCAGCUCUACAUCUCGGGAACCACGACUGCUAAGUUUUGCUCAAUAGAGAGAGAGUGGAGGCAGCAGAACCGGGAGCAGCUGCAACCGUUGGGCCUUCCCGUCUCCUACUCCUCCGCCCCCACAGCCUUGCGCCAGCGGCCUCCCUCGGCCUGUGAAGAUGCGGGGCUUCGGAGAUCGAGGCCGCGACCGUGACCGCGGCGGGUUUGGCAGUCCUCUUCCUCCCAAGAAAUUUGGAAACCCAGGAGAACGACUGCGUAAGAAGAAAUGGGACUUGAACGAGUUGCCCAAGUUUGAGAAGAACUUCUAUGUCGAACAUCCAGAAGUGGCCAGACUCACUCCUUAUGAAGUUGAUGAGCUGAGAAGAAAGAAAGAGAUUACAGUUAGAGGAGCAGAUGGGUGCCCCAAGCCUGUAUUUGCCUUCCACCAGUGUAACUUUCCACAAUAUGUAAUGGAUGUCUUGAUGGACCAGCAUUUCACAGAACCAACCCCAAUUCAGUGUCAGGGCUUCCCAUUAGCCCUCAGUGGUCGUGAUAUGGUUGGCAUUGCUCAGACUGGAUCUGGGAAAACAUUGGCAUAUUUGCUACCUGCAAUUGUUCACAUCAAUCACCAGCCGUAUUUGGAAAGAGGAGAUGGUCCAAUUUGCUUGGUUCUGGCUCCUACACGAGAGCUGGCUCAGCAAGUCCAACAGGUAGCUGAUGACUAUGGUAAAUGUUCAAGACUAAAGAGCACCUGUAUAUAUGGAGGAGCACCCAAAGGUCCUCAGAUCAGAGACUUGGAGAGAGGUGUUGAAAUUUGCAUCGCUACUCCUGGACGUCUGAUUGACUUUUUGGAAGCAGGAAAAACAAACCUCCGCCGUUGUACAUACCUUGUACUAGAUGAAGCUGACAGGAUGCUGGAUAUGGGUUUUGAACCUCAGAUUCGCAAAAUCGUUGAUCAGAUACGGCCUGACAGGCAGACUCUCAUGUGGAGUGCCACUUGGCCAAAGGAGGUACGCCAGCUGGCUGAGGACUUUUUGCAUGACUAUGUCCAGAUCAACGUGGGCAACCUGGAGUUGAGUGCCAAUCAUAAUAUCCUGCAGAUAGUGGAUGUGUGCAUGGAGAGCGAGAAGGACCAUAAACUGAUACAGCUAAUGGAAGAAAUUAUGGCUGAAAAAGAGAACAAGACUAUCAUCUUUGUGGAGACUAAAAGACGAUGUGAUGAUCUAACGCGAAGAAUGCGUAGAGAUGGGUGGCCGGCUAUGUGUAUUCAUGGAGACAAGAGUCAGCCAGAAAGAGAUUGGGUACUUAAUGAAUUCCGUUCUGGAAAGGCUCCUAUCCUAAUUGCUACGGAUGUUGCAUCUCGUGGGCUAGAUGUGGAAGAUGUAAAGUUUGUGAUAAACUACGACUAUCCAAACAGCUCGGAGGACUAUGUGCACAGAAUUGGCCGUACAGCUCGAAGUACCAACAAAGGCACUGCCUACACGUUCUUCACACCAGGGAAUUUGAAACAAGCUAGAGAACUGAUCAAAGUGCUAGAGGAAGCCAAUCAGGCCAUCAAUCCAAAAUUGAUGCAGCUUGUGGACCAUAGAGGUGGUGGUGGAGGUGGAGGUGGUCGUUCUCGUUAUCGAACCAGCAAUUCAUCCAACAACCCUAAUCUGAUGUACCAGGAGGAAUGUGAACGAAGGCUCCGAGGUGUUAAAGAUGGCCGAAGAGACUCUGGUAGCUUCAGGGACCGUGAUCGUAAUGACAGCUUUGCCAAUGGAGCCAACAAGGCCUAUGGUGGCGCUUAUGGAAGUCCAAAUUCUACCUUUGGGGCACAGCAGGGCCAAUAUGGUUAUGCCCAGGGGGCCUAUGGAGCUGCCGCUUAUGGCACAAGUGGCUAUGGGGCUGAGUAUGGGGCUGCUGGCUAUGGUGCAGCCAACGCUACCAAUGCUGGGAGAAACUCACAGAGCACCAGCCAACAGCAGUAUGCAGGGAUGGGCCGUUCAGGCCAACAGCCACAGCCUCUCAUGUCGCAACAGUUUCCGCAGCCUCCAGGCACUAACGUGAUGGGCUACAUGGGACAGACCGCCAGCUACCAAUAUCCACCUCCUCCCCCACCCCCACCCCCUUCACGCAAGUGAGACCGUUGGCUUUGUUAGCGCCAGUCAAGAUUUGCAAUUUAAGAACCUUUUCUUCCCUUCCUUCCCCCAUCUCACCCCAUUGUGCUGUGUUCCAAUGCAGAUUAGAUGUAGAGGUCACCAUCCAAAUUCUGCCCAAGACAACGGUCCCCAAUCCGUAUUACUGAUUUUGUUUUUAAAAUUAGAAUUGACUGGGAAACUGACUAUGUUACAGACAUAUGAAGUUUGGCCUUGCAUGCUUAAAGAAUCUGGAAUGAUUUUCUCUUUUAAAAAUAAAUGGGAAGGGGGAGAGACUCUGCAGGGCAGAAAUGUCCCAGCCCAAUUGUCUGUUGUGUCUGAGGCUUGUGUAAGAAAAUUUGCUGCAGAGAGGACAUGUUCUCCAUGCUGUGGACAUCAAGAAUGAUGGUGCUAUGGAGGGUUCCCUUCUUAACGGAAAAUAAGAGUGUACUUUUUUUUUCUUUAGAGUUAAGAUUUCAUUUUCUAAAAUGAAAAUUGAACACAGGUAUUUGGAUUUGGAAUAAUGAAUUUUGAAAAUAUAAUUUGCCUAGUUUGGCUCAGUUCAUCGUGUUUAAACUCCCUCUAUUAGACAUAACAUAAUUAGCACAUGAUUUUGGUUAGCAUUUCUGCAACUCUUGGGUGGUAGCGGCCAAAGGGGAGGCAGUGUAAAUACCAGGAGGAAGGUUUUUGUCUGUUGCAGAGUACUUUCAUCCCAGGUUUAACUGCUGAAAAAUAAAUUGGAUUUUUCUGUAGCUGUUAAAUUACUAACAACUGGAUUCCACUCAGGAGAUCACAGGUGAAAUUUUGCCCACAGGUUAUCAGCUGGUGUCAUUAAAAUUGAGUUUCAGCAGGAGAUAGAAACUAACUAGAUAGUUUCUGUUCACUUGGUAAUAUUAUACUGGACAGGUUCAAGACUGUCUGGAAUUCAGUGGUUCAGUUUUUCUCUUUAACUUUUGGGGGGCGGGGGGGAGAGAUCUGGCCAAUAUGUCUUGGAGCUGCAUUUGUACCCUGAUCCGAUUUGGGCUUUGCUUUUGAGUGAGCUGUCCUUUGCACUCAGCUUUUACAGGUAGGUAGCAACAUUCUAGGAAAUUUUAGGCAAGUAUAACACUUUUAUUCAAUCUCUUUUUUCAGUUUGAGAGAGGGCUAUUGGUUGAUGGGUAGGGUGGGUGGGAUAGGUUUUUCUAGUACUGAGGCUUAUGUGUUGUGACUGUUAGCAGAAUGGCUGGCUACAGUUGGUCUUGUAGUUCAUCACUUGUCAUGUUCGUGUAACCUGGCAAGAGAUGACUUGUGUCCUGAUUUGAGAGGCAUAGAUCUUGUGCUGCAAGAUUGACUACCUUAUUUUCUGUUUGCGGGGGUGGGGUGGGAGGGUGUACAGAGUUCAAGGAAAUAAGAUUGGCCAGUUAUUUUAUAGUGAUUAGAAGCUGACUUGUAAAAACUGGCUUUGUGGUCCUCAAUAGAGAGCAGGAUGAGAAAUAAUAAAUCACAUAUGUAUCUGCCCACAAUGUACAGGUAGGUUGUCAGCAUGGUCUGCGGGAGGGAAAUCUUUGCCUGUUUAAAUUCCUCGUUUCUUUGACUUAAAUCAGUCUUGAGUGCAAAUUCAGGCAACACUUGAUGUAUCUGGCAGAGAAGCUUCAAUGCACAUGAACGUUCACUUACUGAACUCAAUCUGCGUUUCCUUCAUGAACUAUAUCAUGGAGCUGUCUUUUUAGUUCAUGCAGAAACUAAUCUAUACGUUCAGGAAAUGUGGAGGAAACCACGUAACUUUCCCUCUCUCUUUUUAGGUAAAAGGGUUCAGGACAGUCAGGAUUACUGAGUGGUCUUUUGUCUUUCUUCAGUACCUCUGCAGAUGCAGAAUUGUUUUGGGUUUUGCAGUCCUUUAUUGUAGCUUGAAGACUGCUGCAGCCUACAGUGUCUCAUGCUCAGCCAGAGUAUUAACCAUUGAAUGCUUUAUGGCAUAUACUGCUGCUGUCCCACGUGGUGCUGCUUGGUUUCACGUACCAGCUAGAGAGAGCCCUGUUGGCAAAGCAGUAACGUCCACUGUUUUCUCAGUAAGCAUUUGUGGAAAUAACAAUCCGAUAUAUCUUUUUAAUGAUAAGUUACUGUGUGAGCUUUGCUUAAUGGAAAGGUUUAGAGGCAUUUUGGGUAGGGUCAGCACUCUGUUUCAACCCUAACUGGUAAUUGAACACAUUCCUGUUGUAUUAACAAAGACUUGAACGGAGAGAUUCAUAGCUCUGUGGUGUUCAGGCACAGUAUACUAGAAGCUAUGUUAUGGUUAGUUUAUAAAUUGUCCUUUUGAUACCAUCUUGUUUUCUUUUGUAGGUAUGAAUAAAACACUGUUGUCAAAGUGCAA